UAACUUUCUUGAUAAAUUCUGCAUAAAUUUGUCCCACUUCCAUUCAGGGCAACACGUCAAUCUUGUAGUGCCACAAAUGCAAAUAGGUCCAAACAAUCCUCUCCUCUCUCUCUCCUUAGCUUGCCUACGCCGUUCCUUAUUCUUAUCUAUGUCAAACCGUUAUGCUCCUCUUCCCAAUCCUCGAUCCGACCUCGAUGCUGAGCAUGAAUUAGAGGCUGCCUUCGACAACUCCGACGACGAGGAUGACCUUGACGUCUCCGAAACUCACCCUCUGACGUCCUCCACUCCUUCAGCGCCCACUCAUAAAACCCCCACAACUGCCAGAACAACCGGAACGUACGAUUUCGAGAACGUCGACUACGACUACCCUCCUCCUGGUUCACCCCCUCCACCUUCAACGAGAGCCUUGCCCAAUAAUCAUGGCAACACAAACGGUCUCGUUCCAACUCUUGACAUUGAUCCAUCUGUUCAUGCUCCCAGAAGGAAUUGGUUCCAGCGCACCUUUACAGCUGUGCUACCUUCCCGUUAUGCGGAGCGGCUGGGCUACACCCAACAUCGUCUAACCGGUGCCAUUGGAGGCGGCAGCAAUAAUGAUGGCGUGUUCGCAAAUGUCACCGCCAAGCCAUCUCGUCCGGUCACGAUCCAAGAUGGAGAUGAAACGUACAUUGUUCCUGAAGACAGUCGGGCGGAAGCACCCCCUUCGUACUCCUCAGCCCAGGCAGAUGCAGUUCCUCCCUACUGGGACACCACCGUACACGCACCGUUCUCCCCUGAUUCUUCUGGGGAAAUGAUCAUAGACUCACUACCCACCGGUUCUGUCUUCUCGUUCCUUUGGAACAUGCUUCUCUCGGUUACCUUCCAAUUCAUCGGUUUCCUUCUUGCCCACCUUCUUCACACGACCCAUGCAGCCCGUCUAGGCGCUCGUGCCGGGCUUGGCGUCACACUUAUUCAGUAUGGCUUCGCUCUCCGACAGAGAUUGGAAGAUAGGAGUCCCGAAGCUGAAGCUGCCUGGGAACAAUGGAGAUCAGGCGGUUUCAAACCCACUUAUCCCUCUGCUCCAGACGCCGGGAAUUAUUAUAUCAAUGGUACCGCUGUAUCCCUUCCAGGAAAUUCGACAAUUUCCACCACUACUAUUACCGAAGAACAGGCCGGUAUCUUGGUAGCUGAUGCCACGACCGAGUGGUUGUCAUUUUUCCUCAUGACUAUCGGUUGGUUCAUUCUGCUAACAUCUCUCCUUGGUUUCUGGCGUGUCAAGCGUUGGGAACGGAAUAUUCUAGCUUCUCAAGCUAGCAACGAGGACCAGACAAAUCGAUCAACAUCCCAGUUCGAACGUGUAUUUGGGUUUGGCGCAUUGUCAAGAGGUGAUUUCUUCAGGCAAGGCUUUGGGUUUGGGACCUCGACCAGACGCAACCAGGAAGAGGAUAUCCAAGCCCGUCCAGAAACACAUGCCGAGGCUCAUGAAAUUGCGCUUGCCCUCAAUAUUCGGUCUGACGACCCUGAUCGUGAGCGGUUAAUCGCCCAAGCGUUGGCAAAUGAGCGGCGGUUACAGGACGAUCUGAGGGCGGCUGGACUGCUGUAGCUCUGACAGAUAACGUAUUUAUCAUCUACUUCAACUUACGCUCUUAGUGGACCUUAACAUAAAAGAGACGUGCCAUAUCUAUUGUAUGAGUGCUCGCUAUAAGCAGGUUAAGUGGGUAGAGUUUUGCCGGUGUUUUCCCAGUUGUACUUAUACUGUCAUCGACCCUGAAGUCGGAAAAACGGGGAAGUCGGAAAAGUGUAAUAUAGUGAGUGCUAGGCUAGGUUUUUGAGCAGAUACACUAUCAAAAAAGAAGGAGCGGG